GCUUACUAUGUUAUUUCUGAAAGCAAACUUCCGUAAUUUGCUGCUGCUUAGAGUUGUUCGGUUAUUGGUUCUAUACAUCAUGUCAUUUGAAAGCAAUGGACAGAGACAUCCAGAUUGAAAGUCUAUGUCAAAGAUUGAGCAUAGCUUCUCCAAAGAUUUUUGAGAAGCUUGCUCUGAGCUGAAAUGGCACAUUCUUAGGCGUGUCAAACUGAGUGGGUAUUAGCACAGUUCAUUUCAUGUUCUUGAAUAUGUUGUAAUGACAUUUACAACUUUCGUUCUUGUUAGUUCCAAAGAUAUCAAUACUGUAGUUGACUUGGAUAUAAUAUAGUAUCAUUCAAUGAAUGUAAUUUAACAAAUUUUAAUAAAGAAGUUAUAUUUCUGGAGUCCUGACGCGGCUGUGAUAACUACUGUAGUAUGAUGUAGUUUUUGGUAGCUUAUAUCUGCAGCAAAAUGAAAGAGCAACGUAGAACCAGUAACAAACAACUGAAGUUAGUGCUUCUAUUUUUUAAGAGGUUAUAUCUUUGUCCCUUCCGUUUGUCUUCUGAAAUACUAAAGAUUCUUAUCGUAGACGCCAGAGACAGCAAAAUACAAGUACUUAUGCUGCUCAAAACAGAAACAGGGUGGUAACUAGUCAUCCUUUAUUGGAAACCUUGCAUUGACCGUAUAAAUUAUUCUGAGCCAGAUUUAAGACAUUUGUUAAAACAGAGAUGGGUAUGGCCGGCAGGGUCUCUGGUUUGACAAAAUCAGCAAUUAGAUUAAAGUAAAAAAUGGUAGAUAUGAUCUUACAGGUCUUUAAGUUCUUGCACUUGCAUAAAACUUGGUAUAAUUCCGUAAAAACCAGAUAUCAGUACAAGAACCUCGGUUUAACUGAAACAUGACCCUCCAGUUCUCAUACAUAGAAAUUCUUGUCUCCUUAUCUUUAUUGAUUCUUGUACUUCUGAAUCUAGUGAAUAGGAUCCAAAGCAAACACUCAGCUUUGAACCUUCCUCCAGGGCCACGAAAGAUACCUUUCAUAGGAAAUAUGCACUUGCUCGUAGGGGAUCAGCCUCAUCGUGCUCUAAGGGGCUUGGCCAUGAAAUAUGGACCUUUGAUGCACCUUCAACUUGGCGAAGUUUCCACGGUCAUCGUUUCCUCACCUGACGUCGCUGAGGAAGUGAUGAAAACUCAAGACACGAUCUUUGCUUCUAGACCUGAAAUCCUAGCAGUAAAGGUUAUGUCUUGUGAUUGCCCGGGCAUCAUCUUUUCUCCAUAUGGUGAUUACUGGAGGCAGCUUCGAAAAAUCUGCACAACAGAACUUUUAAGCUCGAAAAGUGUUCAGUCAUUCCGAUCUUUAAGAGAGGAAGAGUUUUUGGAUCUUUGCAGAUGGAUAGCUUCUAAAGCAGGAUCACCAAUCAAUCUGACAGAGAAAAUUUACUCAUCUGCAUAUAGUCUCACUGCCAAAGCAGCCUUCGGUAAGAAAACCAAGGAUCAAGAAACCUUUAUAUCUAUAAUAAGAGUAGCAACUAAGUUGGCAGUAGGCUUCGAGAUCUCUGAUGUGUAUCCUUCCAUCAAACUGCUGCCUCUGAUCAGUGGAUUGAAGUCUAAACUCAAGAGCCUGCAGCAGCAAGCAGAUAGAAUUCUUGAGACCAUCAUCAAUGAACACAUAGUAGGAAAUUCUGGGAAGACUGCUAUGAAAGUGAAACACGAUCUUGUAGACGUUCUUUUGAAGUGCCAGGAGGAUGAAAACAUACUUCCGUUGACCAGAGCUCAGAUCAAAUCAGUAGUCCUGGACAUUUUCAGUGCUGGAAGUGAGACAUCUGCCACAACGGUGGACUGGGCUAUGUCUGAAAUGCUCAGAAAUCCAAGUGCUCUCAAGAAAGCCCAAGAUGAGGUAAGAAAUGUUUUCAAAGGUAAAAAUGUUGUCGAUGAAGCACGCUUCAACGAACUGAAGUUCCUGAAAUCAGUGAUCAAAGAGACUCUCAGGCUGCAUCCACCAGCACCACUACUACUACCUAGAGAAAGCAACGAGAGCUGCAAGAUCGAUGGUUAUGAUAUCCCAAUCAAAACCAGAGUCAUUGUGAAUGCAUGGGCAAUAGGUCGAGACCCCAAGUAUUGGAAAGAAGCUGAGUGCUUCCAACCCGAAAGAUUUCUUGAUAGUUCAGUUGAUUAUAAGGGGAAGAGCUUCGAAUACAUCCCUUUUGGCGCGGGAAGGAGGAUAUGCCCCGGCAUGUCUUUUGGCAUUGCCAAUGUUGAGCUCCCACUUGCAAUGUUUCUCUACCAUUUUGAUUGGAAUCUACCUCAAGGAAUGAAGCAUGAAGAAAUGGACAUGACAGAGGCUUUGGGUGUUACUGUUAGAAGAAAAGAUGACUUGUUUGUAACUCCUGUUUUGAGAAGGCCCUUCCCUGUCUGAGAUGUUUUUCCUCAGUCUCUCUUUGGUUGCAUGAUAACUUCCUGUUGUACUUUGGGUAUCAAUAAUAAAUCUUGUAAUUACAUAAUAAAUAUGAUUAAAUUAUGUGUGUAA